CUGGAGGCCCGGAUGCAGCUGGAGCCCAGAACCAUCACUGUGCUGCGAGGUGACACGGCCCGGCUGAUCUGCAGCACGGCUGAGCCCUGGCAGGUCAUGGUGUGGAUCCUCAACGGUGGCUCUGUGUUGACCAUCUCAGCCCAGUACGGUAUUCUCUCAAACAACCCCAAUGUGACCGCCAUGAACCGCUCCACCAAUCAGCUCUCCAGCUGGGAAUUUGCACUGAAGAGAGUCCAGCGCAGCCACCAGGGAGAGGUGACCUGUGACCUCCAAAACAUCCAGAGGCAAACUGCCGAUCUGUUUGUUCAAGGUUUGUGUGCUUUUCUCAUUUGGCUGUCCUUGAGGUGGCUGUCUACUGGCAGGCUGACAAUAUUCAGUAUGGCAGAGAAACAAAGGAGCCACGGUUACUGUACGGCAAAGGUUUUUCAAGAGAGGAUUUCAAAAGCCAGCUGUGAAGUGGGAUUUUCUAUUCUUAUGGAUUCUCUCUCUCUCCUUGUCUCUCACACAUGUACGCACACUCACGUGUACACGUUCAUACACACACAAAGAAAACGAAACAGAUGGAACCCCUUUUGAAAACAAUGGCAGAAUGAAAUAAGACAGAAAGGGGAAUUUAACCUUGACUAGGAGAACAAAAAGUUGAACCUCAUCCUUGAUGAUGCCACCCACACACUCCCUGACACUAGAGACAAAAACUAAAUGUUUUCCUAAGCCAUAUUGGCUUGUUGUUUUAAUUGAAUGCUUUUGUUUUAACUUGUUUGGGGUUUCAUGCAUGCAGCAGAUUUUCUCCAGUUUUUCUCAAAGCAGCUGAUUUGGUUGUUGGGCAUCGAUCCAGGUGUAUAUCAAUGGAGGGAAUUUAUUUGGGGCCUGUCUUAGAGUAAGACUGCUGCAGUGGCUGUAUGACAUUGUUGAUGCCAGGGUUGGAGGGUGUGGGAUGGAAAUCGAUUGGGCCAGUUAUAAAUACAGGGUGGAGGGCACUCUCCUGAGCGCCAGUCAUACACCAGCCGGGAUUUAGAGUAUGUCAUCCCUCACCUGAUACGCCCUCCCUCUAUCCCUGUAUUCCUCUAUUGCUCUAUCCAUCUUUUCCUGUUUCCCUCUUUCCCUGUUUCCCUUUUCCCCCCUCUAUCUCUCUUUCCAUAUGUUUCUCCAUCUCUGUUUCUUGACUUGGAUGCCGAUUAAGGCAGCCCCCCGCACCUCUCUGAUUCAGAGGGGUUGGGUUAAAUGCGGAAGACACAUUUCGGUUGAAUGCAUUCAGUUGUACAACUGACUAGGUAUCCUCUUUCCUUUUCCCCUCUGUCCCUGUUUCCCUCUAUCCUUCUGUUUCCCUCUAUCCCUCUGUCCCUGUUUCCCUCUAUCCCUCUCUCUGUUUCCCUCUAUCCCUCUGUCCCUGUUUCCCUCUAUCCUUCUGUUUCCCUCUAUCCCUCUGUCCCAGUUUCCCUCUAUCCUUCUGUUUCCCUCUAUCCCUCUGUCUCGGUUUCCCUCUAUCCCUCUCUCUGUUUCCCUCUAUCCCUCUCUCUGUUUCCCUCUAUCCCUCUCUCUGUUUCCCUCUAUCCCUCUGGCCCUGUUUCCCUCUAUCCCUCUCUCUGUUUCCCUCUAUCCCUCUGUCCCUGUCUCCCUCUAUCCUUCUGUUUCCCUCUAUCCUUCUGUUUCCCUCUAUCCUUCUGUUUCCCUCUAUCCCUCUCUCUGUUUCCCUCUAUCCCUCUGUCUCUGUUUCCCUCUAUCCCUCUCUCUGUUUCCCUCUAUCCCUCUGUCCCUGUUUCCCUCUAUCCCUCUCUCUGUUUCCCUCUAUCCCUCUCUCUGUUUCCCUCUAUCCCUCUCUCUGUUUCCCUCUAUCCCUCUCUCUGUUUCCCUCUUUCCCUCUGUCCCUGUUUCCCUCUAUCCCUCUCUCUGUUUCCCUCUAUCCCUCUGUCCCUGUUUCCCUCUAUCCUUCUGUUUCCCUCUAUCCCUCUCUCUGUUUCCCUCUAUCCCUCUCUCUGUUUCCCUCUAUCCCUCUCUCUGUUUCCCUCUAUCCCUCUCUCUGUUUCCCUCUAUCCCUCUCUCUGUUUCCCUCUAUCCCUCUCUCUGUUUCCCUCUAUCCCUCUGUCUCUGUUUCCCUCUAUCCCUCUCUCUGUUUCCCUCUAUCCCUCUCUCUGUUUCCCUCUAUUAAUUUGUCCCUGCAUCCAUCCUUUUGUUCCAUUGGGAGGAUUUAAACCACUGUUUCACAUAAUGGAUUUCCUAGUCAGGCAUGGUUUCCAAAGUAUCACUGUCUGUGCUUUGAACUAUUGGUUAUCUUGUUCAAAUUUAUUCUAUUGAUAUAUUUGCAGCAAGUUCAUUAAUGACUGAAAAUUCUCUUCUUGAACUUUUAUUUGGAUCUUGAGGACAUUACUGUUUUCCUUGUUGUUAUUCAAUUUCUUAUCGUUGAUGCAGUGCUUUCCCCACUGUAAUCACAGUGCAUUUCUCUGAUUUCCAGUAUGCAGAUAGACUCUGUUCCACAGGGGCGAAGGUGUGGAGAGAUUGAGUGGCACAAAUAUUGAAUAGUGUUCAAAAGUCAGGGCAGGAUAACAAUCAGAGCUCCUCCGCAGUUUUUGCUGAAAUUGUUAUCUCUCCAAGCCAAAAGUAUCCCAGUGAAUCAUCUCAGAGAGUUUGCUGGGGAUGCCCUGCAUGGCAAAGAAUUACCACAGAGAAUACUCAGCCAGAAAUGAAGAAAGAUGAAGGAUGAUUACAAGCCGUACUCUGGGACAGGAUUCACCAAAACUGAUAAGCUGGUAUGGACAGUAGCAAUGCUAGGAGGUGUUGCUGAUAUCUCCUCUACAUUCUACAGUCAUAUAAUCUUAUUAUAAACUCCACUCAUGUCACGCGUGCUGUAGGUGGGUGCAGUGGUGGAAUCAAACGCAGGACACCGAAGUAUAGUCCAACAGACUUUAGUAAUCUCCAGCAAGGAAAUAAGACAACUCUUGCCCGAAGGCGAAAUUACGCACGAAGGCGAAACAAAACGAAAGCGCACAAAACAGGUGCGAACACUCCAACGCAGUGGAGGGAAGCUCAACCGAGCGAAAUCACAAAUGAAGCCCUACACACGACAGACCAAAAUCAAUAACACACAACACUAGACAAACACAACGAGAAACUUAUAGGACACUAAUUACGCUAAACGAGAACAGGUGUGACAACAAACAGACAAAAGCAAACGAACAUGAAACAUACAACGGUGGCAGCUAGUAUUCCGGAGACAACGAACGCCGAAGCCUGCCCGAACAAGGGAGAGAGGCAGCCUCGGCCGAAACCGUGACAGUACCCCCCCCUUGACGCGCGGCUCCAGACGUGCGCCGACUCCGGCCUCGGGGACGACCCGGAGGACGCGGAGCAGGGUGCGUCGGGUGCCCACGAUGGAAUUCCGUCAGGAGAGACGGGUCCAAAAUGUCUCUCCUUGGCACCCAGCACCGCUCCUCCGGACCGUACCCCUCCCACUCCACUAGAUACUGGAGACCCCCCAUCCGACGUCUCGAAUCCAAGAUGGACCUCACGGAGUACGCCGGUGCCCCCUCGAUGUCCAAUGGGGGCGGAGGAGUCUCCCUGAUCUCACUUUCUUGGAGUGGGCCAGCUACCACCGGCCUGAGAAGGGACACAUGGAACGAGGGGUUAAUACUUUUAUAUUCAACAGGUAGUUGUAAUUUGUAACACACCUCGUUCAACCUUCCCAGGACUUUAAAUGGCCCUACAAACCGCCGACCCAGUUUCCGACAGGGCAGGCGGAGGGGCAGGUUUCUGGUAGAGAGCCAGACUCGAUCACCAGGUGCGUACACCGGUCCCUCACUGCGGUGGAGAUCGGCGCUCGCCUUAUGACGUCGGAGGGCCCGCUGCAGGUGGACGUGUGCAGCGUUUCCAUGUCUCCUCCGAGCGCCGCGCCCACUCAUCCACCGCAGGAGCCUCGAUCUGGCUCUGCUGCCAAGGUGCCAGAACCGGCUGGUACCCUAACACACAUUGGAAAGGGGUUAGGUUAGUGGAGGAAUGGCGUAGGGAAUUCUGGGCCAUUUCGGCCCAGGGAACGUACCUUGCCCACUCCUCCGGCCGGUCCUGGCAGUAUGUUCUAAGAAACCUACCCACAUCCUGGUUCACAUGUUCCACCUGCCCAUUACUCUCCGGGUGGUAACCCGAGGUGAGGCUCACCGAGACCCCCAACCGCUCCAUAAAAGCUCUCCAGACUCUGGAGGUAAAUUGGGGACCUCGAUCAGACACAAUAUCCUCGGGUACCCCGUAGUGCCGGAACACAUGGGUGAAUAGGGCUUCGGCAGUUUGCAGGGCGGUAGGAAGACCCGGCAUGGGGAGCAAACGACAGGCCUUAGAAAACCGGUCCACAACGACCAGUAUAGUGGUAUUCCCCUGUGAAGGAGGAAGGUCAGUAAGGAAAUCCACCGAGAGGUGGGACCAUGGUCGUUGUGGAACGGGCAGGGGUAGUAACUUACCCCUAGGCAGAUGUCUAGGCGCCUUACACUGUGCGCACACCGAGCAGGAGGAAACAUAAACCCUCACAUCCCUUGCCAACGUGGGCCACCAGUACUUGGCACUAAGACAGUGCACUGUCCGGCCGAUACCCGGGUGUCCAGAGGAGGGUGACGUGUGAGCCCAAUAGAUCAAUCGAUCCCGAACCUCGAGCGGAACAUACUUCCGACCCUCCGGGCAUUGUGGUGGACUAGGGUCGGUGCGUAACGCCCGCUCGAGCUCAGCAUCGACCUCCCACACUACCGGUGCCACCAGACACGACUCCGGCAGUAUGGGAGUGGGCUCCACGGACCUCUCCUCCGUGUCAUACCGCCGAGACAGCGCAUCUGCCUUACCGUUCUGUGACCCAGGGAUGUACGUGAUCUUAAAUGUAAACCGGGUCAAAAACAUAUUCCAUCUAGCCUGCCGAGGGUUUAGCCUCCUCGCUGCCCGGAUGUACUCCAGGUUACGGUGGUCCGUCAAAAUGAGGAAAGGGUGUUGAGCCCCCUCAAGCCAGUGCCUCCACACCUUUAGGGCCUGUACCCCGGCUAACAGCUCCCUGUCCCCUACGUCAUAGUUACGCUCCGCCGGACUGAGCUUCUUGGAAUAGAAGGCACAGGGGCGGAGUUUAGGUGGCGCGCCUGACCGUUGUGAAAGCACGGCUCCAAUACCAGCCUCAGACGCGUCCACCUCUACCUGAAAUGGUAAAGAGGGAUCCGGAUGCGCCAGCACUGGAGCCGAGGUAAACAGGUCCUUCAGCCUCCCAAACGCCCUGUCCGCCUCGGCAGACCACUGCAGACGCACCGGGCCCCCCUUCAAGAGAGACGUGAUGGGAGCUGCCACCUGUCCAAAACCCCGGAUAAACCUCCGGUAGUAAUUCGCAAACCCCAAAAACUGCUGCACCUCCUUCACAGUGGUUGGUGUUUGCCAAUUACGCACGGCUGACACCCGGUCUACCUCCAUCUUCACCCCUGACGCAGACAACUGAUACCCCAAAAAGGAGACCGACUCCUGGAAAAACAGACACUUCUCUGCCUUAACAUACAGGUCGUGCUCCACCAGCCUCCGCAACACUCUGCGCACCAGGGCCACAUGCUCGACACGGGUAGGCGAGUACACGAGAAUGUCAUCUAUGUACACCACGACCCCCUGCCCCUGCAUGUCCCUGAAGAUCUCAUCCACGAAUGAUUGGAAAACUGACGGAGCGUUCAUCAACCCGUAUGGCAUGACAAGAUACUCGUAAUGGCCCGAGGUGGUACUAAAGGCUGUCUUCCAUUCAUCGCCCUCCCUGAUGCGCACCAAGUUGUACGCGCUCCUGAGAUCUAAUUUAGUGAAGAAACGCGCCCCAUGCAAGGACUCAGUCAUGGUCGCAAUCAGCGGGAGUGGAUAACUGUACUUCACCGUGAUCUGAUUGAGACCACGGUAAUCGAUGCACGGGCGCAAACCACCAUCCUUCUUCUUCACAAAAAAGAAACUCGAGGACGCAGGGGAAGUGGAAGGCCGUAUGUAUCCUUGUCUCAGAGAUUCGUCUAUGUAAGUCUCCAUAGCUUUCUUCUCCUCCUGAGACAGAGGAUACACAUGGCUCCGUGGGAGCGCAGCUCCUGCCUGGAGGUCUAUCGCACAAUCUCCCUGCCUAUGGGGCGGCAACUGCGUCGCCCUCGACUUACUAAACGCAAUAGCCAAAUCCCCAUACUCAGGGGGAACGUGCAAUGCGGGCACCUGGUUUGGACUCUCCACCGAGGUAGCCCCUACGGAAACGCCUAAACAUCUACCCACACACUGGGCAGACCACUCCAUCAGAGCCCUCUCCUGCCACGAAAUAGAUGGGUUAUGGGUACUCAACCAGGGCAUGCCCAGCACCACCGGAUACGCAGGAGAGUCAAUCAGAAAUAGCUGAAUCAUCUCCUGAUGACCCCUCUGACCCAGUUUCCCUCUAUCCUUCUGUUUCCCUCUAUCCCUCUCUCUGUUUCCCUCUAUCCCUCUGUCUCGGUUUCCCUCUAUCCCUCUCUCUGUUUCCCUCUAUCCCUCUCUCUGUUUCCCUCUAUCCCUCUCUCUGUUUCCCUCUAUCCCUCUGGCCCUGUUUCCCUCUAUCCCUCUCUCUGUUUCCCUCUAUCCCUCUGUCCCUGUCUCCCUCUAUCCUUCUGUUUCCCUCUAUCCUUCUGUUUCCCUCUAUCCUUCUGUUUCCCUCUAUCCCUCUCUCUGUUUCCCUCUAUCCCUCUGUCUCUGUUUCCCUCUAUCCCUCUCUCUGUUUCCCUCUAUCCCUCUGUCCCUGUUUCCCUCUAUCCCUCUCUCUGUUUCCCUCUAUCCCUCUCUCUGUUUCCCUCUAUCCCUCUCUCUGUUUCCCUCUAUCCCUCUCUCUGUUUCCCUCUUUCCCUCUGUCCCUGUUUCCCUCUAUCCCUCUCUCUGUUUCCCUCUAUCCCUCUGUCCCUGUUUCCCUCUAUCCUUCUGUUUCCCUCUAUCCCUCUCUCUGUUUCCCUCUAUCCCUCUCUCUGUUUCCCUCUAUCCCUCUCUCUGUUUCCCUCUAUCCCUCUCUCUGUUUCCCUCUAUCCCUCUCUCUGUUUCCCUCUAUCCCUCUGUCUCUGUUUCCCUCUAUCCCUCUCUCUGUUUCCCUCUAUCCCUCUCUCUGUUUCCCUCUAUUAAUUUGUCCCUGCAUCCAUCCUUUUGUUCCAUUGGGAGGAUUUAAACCACUGUUUCACAUAAUGGAUUUCCUAGUCAGGCAUGGUUUCCAAAGUAUCACUGUCUGUGCUUUGAACUAUUGGUUAUCUUGUUCAAAUUUAUUCUAUUGAUAUAUUUGCAGCAAGUUCAUUAAUGACUGAAAAUUCUCUUCUUGAACUUUUAUUUGGAUCUUGAGGACAUUACUGUUUUCCUUGUUGUUAUUCAAUUUCUUAUCGUUGAUGCAGUGCUUUCCCCACUGUAAUCACAGUGCAUUUCUCUGAUUUCCAGUAUGCAGAUAGACUCUGUUCCACAGGGGCGAAGGUGUGGAGAGAUUGAGUGGCACAAAUAUUGAAUAGUGUUCAAAAGUCAGGGCAGGAUAACAAUCAGAGCUCCUCUGCAGUUUUUGCUGAAAUUGUUAUCUCUCCAAGCCAAAAGUAUCCCAGUGAAUCAUCUCAGAGAGUUUGCUGGGGAUGCCCUGCAUGGCAAAGAAUUACCACAGAGAAUACUCAGCCAGAAAUGAAGAAAGAUGAAGGAUGAUUACAAGCCGUACUCUGGGACAGGAUUCACCAAAACUGAUAAGCUGGUAUGGACAGUAGCAAUGCUAGGAGGUGUUGCUGAUAUCUCCUCUACAUUCUACAGUCAUAUAAUCUUAUUAUAAACUCCACUCAUGUCACGCGUGCUGUAGGUGGGUGCAGUGGUGGAAUCAAACGCAGGACACCGAAGUAUAGUCCAACAGACUUUAGUAAUCUCCAGCAAGGAAAUAAGACAACUCUUGCCCGAAGGCGAAAUUACGCACGAAGGCGAAACAAAACGAAAGCGCACAAAACAGGUGCGAACACUCCAACGCAGUGGAGGGAAGCUCAACCGAGCGAAAUCACAAAUGAAGCCCUACACACGACAGACCAAAAUCAAUAACACACAACACUAGACAAACACAACGAGAAACUUAUAGGACACUAAUUACGCUAAACGAGAACAGGUGUGACAACAAACAGACAAAAGCAAACGAACAUGAAACAUACAACGGUGGCAGCUAGUAUUCCGGAGACAACGAACGCUGAAGCCUGCCCGAACAAGGGAGAGAGGCAGCCUCGGCCGAAACUGUGACAACUCAUAUUGGGAAGUUGGACCAAAGACAAAUUGGUUGUAAACAAGAAAAGCUGUGAAAUGAAUAAUUCAUUUUGCGAUAAAAACAUAAAUAUUGUAUUAAUGUUUACUCUGCAACGUUUUAGCAUAAACAUGAAUGAGAUGGUUAUGAUGAUGAUAUGUAAAAAAACAACAACAUGAUGAUGACAUAUCGCCGGGUGAUGAAUCUCUAUUACACCAUACAGGAAAUUCAGAUAGUCCCCUUUCCUUUCUCAUUAUUCAGCUAAUUUCGCCCUGCUGUCCUCCAUGCAAAAAGGAGGGAACAAAGCAAUGACCCAUUGCCUUCAAUAUAUUACAGGAGUCCUCCUUUAUUACCAGAGUUACACAUUAUCCCUGACAUACACUGAGUAUACCAAACAUUAGGAACAGCGUCCUAAUAUUGAGUUGCACAACCCCUUUUGCCAUCAGAACAGACUCAAUUCAUCGGGGAAUGGACUCUACAAGGUAUCGAAAGCGUUCCACAGGGAUGCUGGCCCAGUUGUGUCAAGAUGGCUGGAUGUCCUUUGAGUGGUGGACCAUUCUUGAUACACACAGGAAACUGUUGAGUGUGAAAAACCCAGCGGUGUUGCAGUUCUUGACACAAACCGGUGUGCUACUACCAUGCCCUGUUCAAAGGCACUUAAAUAUUUUGUCUUGCCCAUUCACCUUCUGGAUGGCACACAUACACAAUCCACGUCUCAAUUGUCUCAAGGCUUAAAAAUCAUUAUUUAAUAUGUCUCCUCUCCUUCAUCUACACUGAUUUGAAGUGGAUUUAACAAGUGACAUCAAGAGGGAUCAUAGCUUUCACCUGGAUUCACCUGGUCAGUAUAUGUCAUGGAAAAAGCAGGUGUUCUUAAUGUUUUAUAUACUCAGUGUAUGUAACCACUACCCAUUAACAAUAGUGCAUGGUGGAUCAAGCCCUCCAGUGUGGAUGCAGAGGAUCUCAGAGCCUUUUAAUUAAUAGUGCAUCUAGGCGUUUUCCAGUUACCAGUCAGCAACUCUGCUGGUGAUUUGUGGCCCGUUGGUCCAAAUAUACCAUAUUCACUGGAGACUGGCCCCUUGCUCUCCUCAGCCCUCCAUUCUAAUUGUCCAAUAUGAAUGUGAUGUAAACACACCCACACAGAACGUAUACACACAUACUGCUUGCAGACACACAAACAAACACACACAUACAUGCACGUACACACGCACGUGUACACGCACACGCACACACACACACACGCAGACACACACACACACACACACACACACAUAUUCUCUUGAACAAAUCAAUAUGUCUGUAUGGGGUUGUUGAAUAUGAACAGAAUGUGCUGUAAGGGCCAGAGCCGAGGAUGAGGCCACUCUGAUGUAAAUCAGAGACGAGUGAGUGUGCCUUUCGUGAUUGGGCUGGAGAGCCGCAGCAUGCUGUUCAUCAGAAUAAAUUCACACACAGACACACAUACAAACACAUGCAUAACAACUAGUGCUUUUGGAACAUACAAUACUGCUAAUCCGAGCAGAAAGUGCCCAUACUUCUUCCAGAUUAAAUACUAUCCCUCAGAGUUGCAAUUUCCCUGCCGAGGGCCCUGUUGAAAAAUCACAGGAAUUAAAAAGAGCUGUACUCCUCACCAGCAUCUUCUCUCAGGGAACAGUCACAAAGCCUGUCUAAGAUGGCUAGGCUUACUGUGAUUAACAAACCUUAUGAAACCUUAUUUCAGAGAUCAUUUAGAUUGGAAUGAUGGGGGAGGAGCCUCAUGUUGUAAGGGACUGACUAUCUUUCCUCAAAUGUUUCAAUCUUCCAUCCAUGAUUAGCUGCAGUAGUUUAUUAGUCCAUGGAAGUGAGAUGCUGUUUUCUUCUGAUCCUUAUUCCUUUAUUGCACUGCUGAGAUUUGCUUAGAGCUUUAAAUGGCUUCCUUUUACAGCCUUUUCAAUGGGGAGACAGUGUAAUCAAAGUUACAUAUCAACUUACGGUAUAUAACACCAAAUCAAAUAUCAAGACGCAGCCUAUGAUGAACGGGGGAGCAGUCUUUGUGCACAGAACAUUGAGGGCUUUGAUCCUGAAUCAACAGACAUGUAAUUCAGUUAGACGAAGCUUCAGUAAUUAUCUAUCUAUAGCAAUUCUCUGCUGCACCGUCUGCUUUUCACUCUGCCAGACAAUAGACUUCACAGAAGAUAUUGCCCAGUCUAAGUGUCUUAUUUGGCUGCCAGUGUAUAAGGGGGGAAAGAGGCAUUCUCCGAUCAGCUAAUUGAGACCUCGAGGCACACGUUCAAUCAUUUAGGAAGAGUAAGAAGCCUCUAUAAGUGGCUCGGAGAAUCCCUAUCAGUCUCAGGAUACACAUGCAUACAGUAUACACGCAUACUGCGUAAUGCACACAGUGCCUUCCUGUAAUCCAUAAACGUGACAGAACUUGCUAAAUACUACACACGCUCUUGCAAAAUAGCACAAUGGACUAGAAAGAAAAUACAUUCAGUAUCCCAAAACGAUUAAUAUUUUAUUUCCAGAGAGGGGUAAUGUGGCCAUCACAGGGGGGAACGUGACUGUGCUGAAGGGGGAAGAGGUCCUGUUCCAGUGCCUGGCUGUAGGCUGGUACCCAGAGCCCAGUCUGACUUGGCUGGUGAACGGCAGAGAGGUGGACCAGGGUCAGUACAACAUCAGCACUGAAGGGCCUGUUGGUGUGGAUGGGCUCUACAACCUGACCAGUGAUCUCAGCGUCCAGGCAGCAGAGAGCUCUCAUGUGGAGUGCCUAGCCUCUGUCUCUGCCCUCCCCACGCCCCAGGCCAGCAGUGUGCGUCUGACUGUGGGUGAGAAACACAAACUCUCUCUCUCUCGCUCUCGCUCUCGCUCUUUCUCUCUACUCAGAGCUGGGGUUUGUCUAUGUCCAUAUAUUCAUCAGUGAAAGCAGACGGUGGGGGGUUGUUAUUGGUGAUGAGAGAAAUUACAAGAAAGGCAUUGCAAGAUAGACACAAGGCUUUUAUCACCAAUGAAGUGGAGCAAAGUGUUCCCAAUCUCUCUGAAGUCAUCCUACAUAAAUAGAGUAUUGGGAGCUGCAGGAUUUGGUUUGCUAACGGUGUUAUGUUGCAUACUGAGUUUCCCCUCUGUGGUUUGGGUAAUCUUAAAAUACAUUAAAUAGCGUAAACAAAAGACAGCAAACCCUGAUAAUAGACUGUAUCAAUUAAAAUAUUAAUUAAAGAAUGACAUUUUUCAGCUUCUUUGGGACUAAACCUCAUAAAUUACAUUAUUUGUUUAGUUGCAGAGGUGGUGGCGGAGAAUGUAUGCGACGACUGCACUGUUCUAAUUGCAGUAACUGCCUCAGUGGCCACCGUCCUCCUGCUCCUGCUACUGAGCAUCUGCAUUGUCCUCUGUUACAGACGGAGGAGAAGAGCAAGUAAGCACCUUUCUUUUCUUUUUAUAUGUCUCAGUGAAAAAUGUCCACCCCCCCGCCCUCACGAGAAUAAUGAUUAAAGUAUAAUGAAGGAGUUAGGCUGUCACACGCAGUGAUUCUGCAGUGUGCCCCACGCCUGCAUCGGCAAGGGCAUGGGUUUUUGAAUGCAUACAGAACUUCAACUGUCAGCAGAAUACUCCAGUUCUAAAGUGCUGGCUUUGGCCUAACCUCCCACCUGUCCAUAAAACACAGGAGCACCACCAUGGAGAGACAGUUGUCCAGGAGAGACACACUGGACAGAGCACCUCCUGGUGGUCACUCUAUGGAAAUGCAGUUAUUCUGUCACUAAGUAAGGAACACAGGUAGACAGACUCAUGAAUAUGGGUGAGAAUUACAUUAAGCAGGAGUUAGCCUAUCAUAUUGUUUAUUUUCCAUUUGCUAGGUUGAAUAAUCUGAGAGUUAUGUCAAUCAUCAAACAGUCUUAUGAUCUGGUGUUACAUAUACCAAGACCAAUUCAAAAUGACUCUAAUAGGGGCCACAAUCCACAAACAUGUCUCUGAAGUGACCCCAAAAAAUCUUCAACUUCCUACUCCUGGAAUUAAUGUCUUACUGGGUUACCAGCAGCCAGUGAAUAGAAGGUUUUGUGAGUCUUUGGCGGCUUUAGGAGUAGAGAUGGUUGGUGAGGAGUUUUUGGAGAGCCAUCUCAGAGGGGAUCGUUGUUGUGGGCGACGAGGCAGCCGUCUGGCUGUUUGUGUGUGAUAACAAAACCUGCCCCUGAGUCAUACAUUAGACUGCUCUAAUCCCUGUGACUGAUUCAGAUUAGUGCAAAUAAGGGCCAUUAUUUGGGAGCUGUAGGAUUAUCUUAAUAAGGCAGGUGUGCCCUCUUUAGUACAUUUACAGUAUUCACCCAAUAGUCUGGUAUCUUUUUCACUGUCCUUUAUUUUGUCCAGUUCCUUUCCCCCCGCUUUCCUUAUUGUAAAUCCCAGGAAGCAAAGCGUCAAAUCAACAUAAUCAGGAUUUUUCACAUUUAAGAAAAUGGUAUGGUUCCAAGUCAGUCCUGCUCUCUGUGAGCUAAUCCAACACACUAAAGAGUUAUGUGUGCAUUGCAAUUAUUUGAACAGAAUGGGGAUGAAAUAUAUUCACCUUAAUAACUUUGGACAGUAUGGGUUUAACAUAAAACAUAAAGACAGAGGCAAUUUCUCCUCCUGUAAAACCAGGAGGAGCCCGUCUGGUGUUCAACCUUCCCAAGUUCUCUCAUGUCACCCCGCUCCUCCGCACACUCCACUGGCUUCCAGUUGAGGCUCGCAUCUACUACAAGACCAUGGUGCUUGCCUACGGAGCUGUGAGGGGAACACCUCCUUACCUUCAGGCUCUGAUCAGACCCUACACCCAAACAAGGGCACUACGUUCAUCCACCUCUGGCCUGCUAGCCCCCCUACCUCUACGGAAGCACAGUUCCCGCUCAGCCCAGUCAAAGCUAUUUGCUGCUCUGGCACCCCAAUGGUGGAACAAGCUCCCCCACGAUGCCAGGACAGCGGAGUCACUGACCACCUUCCGGAGACACUUGAAACCCUACCUCUUUAAGGAAUACCUGGAAUAGUAUAAAAGUAAUCCCCCCCCCCAUUAAAAAAAAAAAGAAGAAAAAAAAAGAAAUGGUUGUCCCACUGGCUAUCAUAAGUUGAAUGCACCAAUUUGUAAGUCGCUCUGGAUAAGAGCAUCUGCUAAAUGACGUAAAUGUAAAUGUAAAAGAGUCUGGUUUAUCCUUCUCCUGGGCCGGCACCAUCUGUACCACCAUUGUUAUAGAAUAGUUUUGGCUCUGGCCAGGGCCUUGGGCUAAGAAAGAUAAUGAUGUUGUGUAAUAAUAUUCAUUAACAAUAAGCUCAGGCUUUCAUUCUAACAUUUCUAAAGUGACCUCAGGCUACAGUGAGUGUGUGCUGGCCCAAAACGAGUGAACGCUGCAUUUACAGCUGUCAUACAUACACUCUUAGAAAAAAAGGUGCCAUCUAGAACCUUAAAGGGUUCUUCGGCUGUCCCUAUAGAAGAACCCUUUGAAGAACCCUUUUUGGUUGCAGAUAGAACCCUUUCUUCAUGGAACCCAAAAGGGUUCUACCUGAAACUAAAAAGGGUUUUACCUGGAACCAAAAAGGGUUCUCAUAUAGGGACAGCUGAAGAACCCUUUUGGAACCCUUUUUUCUAAGAAUGUAUUUUGGAGCUUCAGACACUGAGCAAACUAAAUGAUGCUGUGGUCUAUGCAACCACAAGCAAGGUCAGGAUUACUGUAUUGGUCCAGAUUGAGCAUUGAGACAGUGAAAAUCCUGGAUGAUAGCCAUAAUGUAAGAUCACAUAAGAUCAUGACUGUUGUAUUUUUCUGUAUUUGGUUGUCUUUCAGAAUCAAGCCAACCGGAGGCAAUAAGGUGAGUGUUUGAUGCUCUUUGUGCCGUUCUUUCUAACCUCUCAACCUGCUUGUUAAUGUGGGAUUAUACAAUGUUUGAAAAGGUACAGACCUUGGUGUUUCUUUUAUUGGCGAGAGCUGACAAAUUAAAAUACAGGAUCAAAUGUGGCUACUUUAGAGGAUGUGACUAACCAUCCAUAAAACCAUUUAUGGAAAACAUUUGUGAGAGGGAACUAAUACAGUCUCAUCCUAUUGAUUCAAAAUUCCAUUAGUCCUUUACACAAGUUACUGCUGGGUCUCAGCAUAAAUCUUAGUAAAUAAGUCAACCCAAAGGCAUGUAUUUAUAUGGCUCUGAGUCUGCCUUGUGUCUGAGAAGAGACUGGGAUUUUAUAGUUAAUUAAAAUAAAGAAUUUAGAAUAAUUAUUUGGAACAUUAGAUGGUUAUUAGAUUAUAACAUCCACUUUAAGAUUGAAACUCUAGUUUACUCAAAAAUAUACACAUGGCAGUCAAUGCAGUCAAUUAAACAGAAAUACAUGGAUAUUACAAUACAUACACAAUAACACUUUCAAGUUGAAAUCACAAGUGAAAUUCAUGACAGUAUGUACAGUCAGGAGACUCAAAAUAAUUUGCAUAGGUAUAGAAUGGGCGACUUUUUAUAUCUCUCAGUCCUGGCCUGUUGAAUUGAAAGCAGGUGUGUACUGCGAAUGGAGCUGCCUGACACUUGUCCUCGGCAGGCAGGUAACCAGUCUCUGAAGGGGGACUUGAAGCAAAGGCACAGUUUCUCUCUUUUCUCAUGAAGUGAGGGCAGUGAUAGUGACGUCAGAGCAUUGUUGUAUCCAGGAUAUGCCGUGCCAAGGAUGAUUCUGCAAGUAUGCUUCUGUAUUGGUCAGAGAGGGCUUGAGUCAAGGAGCUGUGCCAAGCUGGUGCUGCAUUCUCUAGGCAGGGUCAAACAUAGCUAGUAGAUAACGUUUUAUACCAUUUGUCAGCAGUUUUAAUGUCCCUAAUGAUACCAUUCCACUAUUGAAGCAGUGAACACGCUGACUUAAGAGUGGUUAAGUCUAAAUAAAUUGAAUAAUGAUAUGGCUCUUUUUUUUUCAUAGGUAUCAGCGCAUUACAUUGGGGAAAAAACACUAAAGCCUGUACACUGCAGUCACAAGACAAGACAAUUGAUAGGACCAACAUAAAGCUCACAAAACUGUUGCUUCUUUCAAGGUUGCACCAUUUUCCUGCUGUAGGAAACUGGCUCAAAUUAAGAUCCUACAUCUGUAGGAAUAGGUCAUAUUUUCCAUUGGGCUUUUCCUCUGGGUUUCCACAGGAUAGACGAAUCAGAGAGCGGGAGAAGCUCUAUUGCCGAGGCAACAGGAGGGAAGGUCAACCUGGGAUACACAACAGAGGGCCACUCAGGUGAGAGUCAGGGUGACAAAUACCCCUUCUCCUCAUUAGGACACAUUAUCUUCAACAUCUAAUGAGAUUAGUGUGGUAGGUAAGCAUAGAAAAUCAGAAUGGAUAGGCUAUUGUAUUUUAUCUGUUAUUUUUAGAAUUUAGUAUUUUUUAGUAUUAUAGGCUACUAACAGCAUUAGAGGCUAUAAUUGACAAUGAUGUAAUCAUAAUGCCAUGUUCUAUGUUGGAGCCGCUGUACUAUACUUCCCCUGAGCAUACAGUGUGGUACAGUGAAAUGGUCAGAGGGGAUGUCAGGUCAGGUAAACGCCUGUUCUCACUCGACAGACGCUGGCCGCAGUGACCUCAUCGUCACUGGGGGAACCCACAGCCAGAUGAGGUCCAUCAGAGCUCACAAGGUAAGGAGAGAGAGAGAGAGCAACUUACCGCAGCUGAAUAAUGCAGAGUCAGUCUCCAUACUGCAGCCGGAGCCCCUGACACCUCCCAGGCUCUCACAUUGACGGGGACAGCAGGGAUCCUCCCCUGGCCGGGGGACAGCUAACUUUCAAUGGCUGCAAUCGAAAUGGCAUCCUAUUCACUCUAGAGUGCACUAGUUUUGACCAGGGCCCAUGAUUCACUCAUAAUGAACCUACUGUACUGUAUAUGAUAACAGUCUAACCAACUGACUGUUCAAAAUGUGAUUUGCUGGAUAUAUAGAUUAAAGUUAGUUGUCAAUAAUAUAUUGUAUAUUAGUUCAUCAAUGUUGAUGAGCUAAUGGAGCUUCUUAGAUGCUUUUAUAAAGAUUGUUAAGAAAUAACACCAGUAACUGAUUGGAAUAUUGAUCAAAGGAAUGUUCAGAGUUGUUGCAUGAUCAGUAAUGGUGAUGGGAGAACGAUAUGGCAACCACACUCUCCUUGCCUUGUUCUUCAAGUAGCUUUACACAAGGUCAGAAGUUCAACUGUCACAAAAUAUUCACCUUUUGUUCUAUAUUCCAGAUCCCAGAUGUUGUCUCUUCCAGUAACUUCUCGCUAAACACUAGUCAGAGUAAUGUCCCAACUGACCACAGUGGAGAUGGCUCCAAGAACGUUAGAAGAGUGACUACGGUGUGA